CUCAUGUCAAAAAGUCUCCAACUGAUAAUGAUUUACAGUUUGCUCCCGCCGUGCGUGUCUGGUUUGUUUGACUUACCAAAACCACUGAAUUUCUGUUGUCCGGCCCUUUUAACUGAUUCAACACCCGGAUCUCCAGUCGCUACAAUGGGGACUGCUGCCUUGGAUUCAGUCAAGGACAUAACAUCGGGAGCCGCCGGAGGUGUAGCGCAGGUUUUGAUAGGCCAACCUUUCGAUCUCGUAAAAGUGCGCCUUCAAACCCAAGGCGGAGGAGGACAUGCCCUGGGCCUAGUCCGCAGCAUCUGGAGUAAAGAAGGGCCUUUGGCUUUUUACAAGGGCACUCUUGCUCCGUUGCUAGGUGUCGGUGCUUGUGUCAGCAUACAAUUCGGCGCGUUCCAAUUCUUCCGCCGUCGACUCGAAGAGUAUCGCGGAAUUUGUCCAGCCGACGCAAGAUCAAAUACGAAAUCACUCUCCUUGACUGAUUUCUACCUCAUAGGAGGAGCCGCCGGCCUGACCAACAGCAUCAUCUCCGGACCGAUCGAACACGUUCGAAUCAGGCUUCAGACACAACCCAGCGGCGCGGCACGCCUGUACUCUGGCCCUUGGGACUGCGUGCGCAAGAUCACGCAGCACUCUGGCAUCAAAGGCCUGUACCGCGGGCAAGUCGUCACUCUUUUCAGAGAGUUCCACGGGUACGGCAUCUGGUUCGCCGCGUAUGAGGGAUUUCUCAGUAUGGCGAUGGCGUGGGAAGGCGUCAAGGACAGAAGAGACUUGGCUAGCUGGAAGAUUGCCGUCUGUGGAGGUCUUGCGGGCGAGGCGCUAUGGCUGGGGAGUCAUCCGCUCGACGUGAUCAAGAGUAAGAUGCAGAGCGACGGGUUUGGGGGAGAUCAAAAGUACUUGACCAUGAGAGAUGCUUUCAGUCAGACUUGGAGAGAGGGUCGCUUUCGGGGACUGUUUCGAGGACUUGUUCCAGCGCUGUUGAGGGCGAUGCCCGUUUCCGCUGGGACUUUUGCAACGGCCGAGCUUGUUAGGGGGGCUCUCAGUUGAGAUUCCCCAACAUAGAGACGACCCAUAUGAUAGAAUUAAGGUAGAU